CGGAAAUUCAGUCGGUUCGCCGCUCUAGCCUUUUCCCAUCUCAAAGGCGCCUGCGAAGUUCUGAGAAGGAAGCGGAAGCAGCUGGGCUUGGGGGACGGUCUCCAUCCUUCCUGUGUCUCCAUGGCCCCGGGAAGGGGAGAACCCGCCAGCCCUCGGAACCACCAUCGCAGCAGGACGAAGACGAGGACGACGCGAAGGCGGCUCCGAGGUGCCCUGUGACGCCGCUGUCUGUGCUGCUGCCGCUCCUCCUGCUCCUUCCUCAGGGCCGGCUGUGUACCGUCGGCCAUGGGCACCCUGUUCCGCAGCGAGACGAUGUGCCUGGCACAGCUCUUUCUCCAGGCGGGCUCGGCCUACGAGUGCCUCAGCGCCCUGGGCGAGCGCGGCCUGGCCCACUUCAGGGAUCUCAACCCAAGCACCAGCGUCUUCCAGCGGAGAUACGUGGGUGAAGUAAAGAAGUGUGAAGAAAUGGAAAGGAUACUUGGUUAUCUGGUGCAAGAAAUUAAGAAAGCAGACAUUCCUCUACCAGAAGGAGAUGUUACACCUGCUGCUCCUCCAUUUAAGCAGAUGUUGGAGAUUCAGGAGCAAUUGCAGAAACUGGAGGUGGAGUUGAGAGAAGUGACGAAAAAUAAAGAGAAGUUGAGGAAAAACCUCCUUGAGCUGACGGAAUAUUCCCACAUGCUACGGGUCACCCGGUCUUUUGUCCGAAGAACAGCUGAGUUUGAGUCCUGUUUGCAGACAAAUUAUGAAGAGUUCCCAACUUUAGAAACUGAGCGUUUAGUGGACUACAACUGCCUGCACAGGCUUGGUGCCAAACUGGGAUUUAUAUCUGGCUUAGUUCACCGAGCAAAAAUUGAAGCCUUUGAAAAAAUGCUGUGGCGAGUCUGCAAAGGAUAUACAAUUGUUUCUUAUUCAGAACUGGAGGAAUGUCUAGAAGAUCCAGAUACUGGAGAACCUACCAAGUGGUUUGUUUUCUUGAUUUCCUAUUGGGGUGAGCAAAUAGGCCAGAAAGUUAAGAAAAUAUGUGACUGCUACCAUUGUCAUGUUUACCCCUAUCCCAGCACCCUCGAAGAACGCCGAACUGUUAUGGAAGGACUCCAAGUUCGCAUUCAGGAUCUUCAUAUGGUGCUGCAUAAAACGGAAGAUUAUUUACGACAAGUUUUGUGUAAAGCGUCCGAAUCAAUUUACACCUGGGAUGUCCAAGUGAAGAAGAUGAAAGCAAUUUACCAUGUGCUGAACCUCUGCAGCUUUGACGUCACCAACAAAUGCCUGAUUGCUGAGGUCUGGUGCCCAGUGGCUGACCUGCCAAACAUGCGCCGAGCCCUCGAGGAAGGAUCUGUAAGUGAUUUUAAUUUACCGAGAGAAAGUAGAGCUUCUGUCCCUUCGUUCAUGAACACAAUACCAACAAAAGAAACUCCUCCCACUCUGAUACGCACCAAUAAAUUCACCUCUGGAUUCCAGAACAUUGUUGAAGCUUACGGCGUUGGUAGUUACAGAGAAGUUAAUCCAGCUCUCUUCACCACCAUCACCUUCCCCUUCUUAUUUGCUGUUAUGUUUGGAGAUUGUGGGCAUGGCUUCCUAAUGUCUCUGUUUGCUUUGUUCAUGGUAUUGUUUGAAAAACACCCCAGACUCCUACGAUCACAAGAUGAGAUCAUGAAGAUGUUUUUUCAAGGACGAUACAUCAUCUUGCUGAUGGGACUGUUUUCUGUGUACACUGGCCUGAUCUACAAUGAUUGUUUUUCAAAGUCUUUGAAUAUAUUUGGCUCCCGCUGGAAUGUUUCGCAAAUGUUUCCGGAGGAGUGGGGUCAUGAGGAUAUGAAUCAUCAGUAUUUGAUGCUAAAUCCAAACUUGACUGGAGUGUUCAGAGGACCUUAUCCUUUUGGCAUAGAUCCGAUUUGGAACCUAGCAAACAAUCGUCUCAGUUUCUUAAAUUCCUUCAAAAUGAAAAUGUCUAUAAUUAUCGGAGUGAUUCACAUGACAUUUGGAGUCAUCUUAGGGGGAUUUAACCACUUGCAUUUCAGGAAGAAGUACAAUAUUUAUUUGGUUUUCAUUCCUCAACUUCUGUUCAUUCUGUCUAUUUUUGGAUACCUGGUAUUCAUGAUCAUCUAUAAAUGGUUGGCUUUUAGCGCAGAAAACUCCAAGUCAGCUCCCAGCAUUUUGAUUCUGUUCAUUAACAUGUUCCUGUUUCCUAAUAACAGAGACCACUUCUUUUUCCAAGGACAGAUAAUUGUACAGAACUUUCUUUUAGCUGUCGCUCUACUUUCAGUUCCGGUGCUGCUUUUUGGGAAACCACUUUAUUUAUACUGGUUGAACAAUGGAGGCCAGAGCAUUGGGGCAUACAGAAAAGGUUACCGGUUAGUACGAAAAGAAAGUGAAGAAGAGAUUGCUCUGUUGAGAGCUCAUGAUAUUGAAGAGGGAAGCAGCUCUUUGGACAGCAGGCACAAAGAUGAGAAGGAAGAGUUUAACUUUGUAGAUGUAUUCAUGGAUCAAGCUAUCCAUACCAUUGAAUACUGUCUAGGAUGUAUCUCCAACACUGCUUCAUACCUGAGGCUCUGGGCUCUCAGUUUAGCCCACGCACAAUUAUCGGAAGUGCUGUGGGCAAUGAUCAUGAGAGUGGGCCUUCGUGUGGAUGCGACAUACGGGAUUAUCCUGCUGAUACCAGUUUCAGCGUUAUUUAUGGUUCUAACAAUAUUCAUUCUUUUAGUCAUGGAAGGUCUUUCAGCUUUUCUACACGCUGUACGACUUCACUGGGUAGAAUUUCAGAACAAGUUCUAUGCAGGUGAAGGAUACAAGUUUGCACCUUUCUCCUUUCAAGACAUUUCUUUACACUGUAAUAGAUACAUUGCAUAGUUUGGCUGCAAUAGUCAGUAUGUCUCUGGAGUUGUUUGAAAAUAAUCAUGUACCUAAAUAUGUCAUUCUUGUACAGCUCAUUGUAGAAAAGAAUAUCUCUGAUUGCCUUAUAACGCAGCCAAAUAAAUUUGUAUUAUAUAACCUUGGACUUUGCAAACAUGGGACUAUAUAAAUUAACUUUAAAACUUAUUCUAAACAGCUCAUUUCUGCUUUUAAAAAUGCUGUAUUUUAAAGAGCUGUUUAUUUUCUUUCAUAAAUCUGUGCAGUGCAGUCUUAUGCACACUUAUUUGGAGCCCCACUGAACUUCUGAGUAAACAUACUGAAGAUUGCAUUGCUGAAUCUCACUUGUCAUUACCACCUUCAUGAACAUUCACAGCUAAAGAAAAUCUGGCAGCAUUUGGCAAUUAAGUUUCCUACGUUUCAGUAUUUAUAGUAAACUGUUUAGCUUUCUACAAUCUAAAAUAUGGACUAAGAUAUUGUUUAGAAACUUUUUGCCUCUGGUUUGAACAAGAGCUGUGCUAAUUUUUGCCAGUACACAUCCUAAAUUUUGAACAGGAGGAGGAGGAUGGAAAAGCCAUGCCAGAUUUUGGAUUCAUUGAAAAACUUUGAAGCACUUGGUCCUGAUUGUUUUUAGGAACUUGAGCAAGAUACAGGGGCACUCCCACAAAACAAAGACUGUCUUCUAAGAUUGGUACCUGAAAUUAUUUUGCAAGGUGUUUAAUAUUCUAACUGAGCUCCUGCUGGAAUUUAAGCUUCAUUUCCUUAACUGAAAAUGUUUCCUUGAAAUUAAAUAUAUGCUUACAUAUUUUUUUUCAGUAUUACAGUCUGGCUGUUCUAUCAUUGUUUGCUCAGUGUUGAGUGGCAAACGACCUGAGUUAGUCCAAGUUGCCUUACAUACUCCUUUUACACUCAUCAUGCCACUCCUGGGAAUUAAUACUUGCAAAAUCAGGUUUUAGUUUAAUUUUGUUUUUGACACAGCAGCCAGUUUGGUAUUCAAUGAAACUUGUUUAUGCUCUGUGAAAAUAACUUCCCUUUAAUUUUUUUUUUAAUAUUCAGAAUGAAAAUGGAGGUAUUUUACCUGAAUGAAUUUUAUGUGCCAACAGAAUAAAUCAAAUCUUGUUCCUUUCAUAAUCAUCUUAAAUAAAAGUUAAAUUGCUCAUUUUGAGAACAAA